CCGGCUGUGAGGACAGACUUCUUCCAGAUUUGAGCGCUUGAUGCGGCCUGAGGAUGAGCUGUUCGUGCAACAAACCCAGACCAUCGCAUCGGAAGAGGACGCUUGGUGGGCGCUGUUCCAGCGACUAAUCCCAGACAUGGACGGACGAGAUGUCGACACACUGAAACUUGACUAUUCGCCUUAUCAUGUUCAUCGAGGCACCUCUUUCAUCAUUCCCGCCAUCAAUAUUCCAACAUCAGUUGUUGAAGCAAUGCCUUCACAAUUUGGCACGUCUGCGAUUGAUCCAUUAUACCGUUCGUGCUGAUAAGCAGCGUUGUAGUGACACGCCCAUGGAUGGGUUCCCCUUUACGUUGGACGGGAACGCAUGCCCAUCUUCACCAUCGAAUUUCCUCUUCCGGGAUUUCUCAGUGCCCGUCUUUGAGGUACCGGACACGCAGGGCCUAGCAGGUGGCCUACAACUGCCCGAAAUUACAAUAUCAAGCUCGGACUCUAGCGUUUACACACUUUCAUCGACGUCCAAGGGCAAGCGGCCAAUGUACGGGAGCAGCACCACAACUUUGACAUCAACGGCGGAUUCCUCUGACUCCCAACCUGACCCACGAGAGACUGCAUCUGCCAGCACAUCAAAGGUUGCAAGCCAGAUGCAAUUGGAAAGAAACCACUUGCGGCUCAAGACGCGAUGCGAACAUCUCGAAAAGGAGAACGCACAGAUGCGCGAGGAUAAAUCUGCGAACAGCAAAGACUUAAUUCGGGCAGAGGCUGUAUUAGAGGGCGUGCUAAGUUCGGCCGAAUUAUCUCAGGGAGUGUUUGAGAGCCUGAGCGAGCUAGCAGAUAUUUUGUUGGCCAUGAGGCGCAGGCUGAGCUGAUAUAGCGCUACAGUAUGUUUUGUUUGGAUACCCCCUGUUUGCCCCUUACUUCCUGUUUACUUUGCUGCCGGAUAGAGAAAACCAGCACCAAAUCAUAAACUACCCGGAUACCUUACAAUCUCGUUCUCUUAAUCCAUGAAGCUAAUGUGGCUGAAUCUUCACGUGUCUCCAUUCAAGCCAUGGACGGAUGAAAUACCAUCCGAUAUUACCUCUCGGGGACAUAUCAUGGAACUUGCUGGAAUUGUUGCUUGAGGAUCAUUCCCAAAAUCCUAGACACGCCUAAUUACUAUUGUAUGCUCGAAAGGCGUCAUGUUGGGUUGAGUAAUGAAAUUUUUUGAGAAUUAGUCACCG